AUGGACAAUCACAAAUCGACCGAUAGUCCACCAGCAAAGAGAUUAUUCUUAAUAGUUGGUGAUGGACUAAGAGCUGAUAAGACAUUUCAAAAGUUAAAGCAUCCUAGAACAGGAGAAACUAAAUAUUUAGCACCAUAUUUAAGAAGUUUGGCAUUAAACGAAGGAACAUGGGGAAUAUCCAAUACAAGAAUGCCAACUGAAUCGAGACCUGGGCAUGUUGCCAUGAUUGCAGGUUUCUACGAAGAUGUUUCUGCCGUCACGAAAGGCUGGAAGGAGAAUCCUGUUGAUUUUGACUCAUUUUUCAACCAAUCAACCCAUACAUAUUCGUUUGGAUCACCAGAUAUCUUGCCUAUGUUUGCAUACGGUGAUAAUGUGGUUCCUGGAAGAAUAGAUACUUGUAUGUAUGGCCAUGAGUUUGAAGACUUCACACAAAGUUCAAUUGAAUUGGAUUCGUUCGUGUUUAAUCAUUUCAACGAACUCAUGGAAAACCUGGCUACAAACAAGACAUUACAUGAUGAAUUACAUCAACAAGGUAACGUAUUCUUCUUACAUUUAUUGGGACCAGAUACUGCCGGGCAUGCUUACCGUCCUUAUUCCGCUGAGUACUACGACAAUAUUGAAUACAUUGAUAAAGAGUUAUCAAAAUUGAUUCCAAGAAUCAACGAAUUCUUUGGUGAUGAUGAUUCUGCUUUCGUUUUCACAGCAGAUCACGGUAUGUCUGAUUUUGGUUCACAUGGAGAUGGACAUCCAGAUAAUACAAGAACGCCUUUGAUUGCUUGGGGUGCAGGUAUUAAUAAACCAAAAUUACUUCGUGAUUCGGCUGAUCCAGAACUUUUAUCAACAAUUCAAGACCCUGUUGCUAGUGGAUAUGAAGCCGACUACUUUGAUACUUGGAAGCUCGACCAUUUAGUAAGAAAUGAUGUUAAUCAGGCUGAUAUUGCCUCCUUAAUGGCAUAUUUAAUUGGUGCAAAUUAUCCAGCUAACUCUGUUGGUGAAUUACCGUUAAGCUAUAUUGAUGCUGAAUCUAUAACUAAAAUUAAGGCUUUAUAUGCUAAUUCUUUAGCCAUUGUUGAGCAAUAUCUUGUUAAAGAAAGUGAAGUUUACAAUCAUCAGUUUUCAUUUAAACCAUUUGAUCCAUUCAAUCAAAAGAGCAUCGCAGAAUAUAAAACCCAAAUUGAAACACUAAUUACUUUAUUACAAUUUGGUGAUCUCACGGAAUAUGAUAAGAGGAUAAAUGAAGCUGCUGCAAUUAGUUUAUCAGAGGAAUUACUGAAGCAUGCAUUAGACGGUUUAAAUUACUUACAGACGUACAACUGGGCUUUAUUAAGAUCAAUUGUGACUUUGGGUUUCUUCGGCUGGAUUAUUUAUUCGUUUAUUAUUUUCUUAAAACUAUUCAUCCUCACUAACAGAACUGUCGCUGACACUAAAUUUUCGCCUGCUUUGGCUGGAUUCUUCAGUAUUUUGGCCAUAUCCAUCAACUAUGUGUUGUAUUAUCAAAAUUCGCCAUUUAACUACUACAUGUAUGCAGCUUUCCCAUUAUAUUUUUGGUAUACUAUACUAAAUGAAUCUCCAAACUUAAUCGAAGGAUUAAAUCAAUUUCUACAUGGCAUUUCCGCAUCUACUAAAGUUUUUGUAUUGGUUUCAUUUAUUGGGAUGUACGAGGGAAUUGUUUACGGUUUUUUUGAAAGGAUUAUGUUCUCAAUCAUUUUUGUAUUGAUUGGUUUAUAUCCAUUCUUUUUGAAAUCCAGAAAGAUUAAAUUAUUGGAAAAGCUUUUAUGGUUGUCAAGUUGUACAUCCAUGUGUAUUUUUACGAACUUAGAUCCAGUUAAAGUUGAGAGUUUAACUCAAAUCAACGCUGGUGCUGCUGCUGCUCUCUUAACAGGUAUAUUCGGUGCUAGAAAGGUAUUUGAACGUUCAAUCGAUAAUUAUAACAAGACUUUAGUCUGUCUUCAAAUAUUGGUCAUACUUAUCAUGUUAUAUCCAACAAACGUAUCUGUUUUGUCAUUGCAAGCUAGAGAGGGUUUACCGCUUCAUUCCCAGAUCACCGGCUGGGUAACAUUUGUUGUGUCAUUAUUUGUGGUGCCUAUUUUUUAUUCUUUCAAUCCCUCCGCAGAUUACCAACUCAGAUUAUUAAGUAUUUUCUUGACAUUUGUUCCUACGUUUAUUAUUUUAACCAUCUCAUUUGAGUUGUUGUUUUACGUGGGAUAUUCUUUGGUGUUACUUCAAUGGUUAAAUAUUGAACAAUCAUUAAAGUUUUCUACCAGAAAAAUACAAAAGGCCCGCAAGCUCGGAUUGGUUCCAAAGGGAUAUUGGUUACAGGUCAUAAGAAUCACAAUUAUCGGUUUCUUCUUCCUACAGUUUGCAUUCUUUGGAACUGGUAAUGUGGCCUCCAUUUCAUCGUUCUCCUUGGACUCGGUCUACAGAUUGAUUCCUAUUUUUGAUCCUUUCCCAAUGGGUGCAUUGUUGAUGUUGAAAUUAAUAAUCCCAUAUAUCUUGCUUUCCACCUGUCUUGGUAUUAUGAACUACAGAUUGGAAAUCAGAAAAUUCACUAUUUCCACCUUAAUCAUUUCAACGAGUGAUUUCUUGUCGUUGAACUUUUUCUUCUUAGUGAGAACUGAAGGCUCCUGGUUAGACAUUGGUGUAAGUAUAUCCAACUACUGUUUGGCUAUACUUUCGUCUUUGUUUAUGUUGAUUUUAGAAUUGGUUAGUUCAAUUUUAUUAAGAGGUGUGGAACUUGAUUCAGAUUAUGAUGAUGAAGCCGAUCAUGAUGGUGCAUCUAUAGAUGAAGCCAACAUUUCUGAACCAGAAGACAUACAAUCGGAUGCUCCAAUAAGUGCUAGAGUUAGACGUAGAACUAGAAAGGGUUAA